GGUAGGCGCGCGCGGUUGGUACUGCCAGGAAAGGGCCGCUGCUGUCGUCGCCGCGCCACCAUGUCGUCCGCGGCGUACGGCCGCGCACACAGACAGUCGUGCUACCUGUGCGACCUACCGCGGAUGCCGUGGGCCAUGAUCCACGACUUCAGCGAGCCCGUCUGCCGCGGCUGCGUGAACUACGAGGGCGCCGACCGCAUCGAGAUGGUGCUCGACAACGCGCGCAACCAGAAGCGCGCACACGGCUUCCAGGAGAGCCGGCACGCGGCCAAGCCGCACGCCUCGUCGCGGGCGCCCCACGAGGCGCAGAACGGCGUGAUGGCCGUGAGCCUGGAGGCGCACGGGCUGUCGGCGGGCCCAGCCGGGCCGCUGGCGCACCACGGCGUCACGUACGCGCUGCGGCCGGACCGGCAGCGCGCACUGCUGGUGGCCGAGCACCCCGGCGCGCCGCGGCUGCCGCACCCGGCGGCGCACCGCGAGAUGCAGAUGCCGCACCCGGCACAGCUAGCGCACGGCCGGCCGCCGCUGCCGCCCAACAAGCGGGCCUCCGAGCGGCCGGCGGACGACGGCGGCGAGCACAAGCGGCCCAUGCUGGAGGAGACGCCGGCCGGCCAUGCGCGGCCGCCGCUGACGCGCGGGGAGUCGCUGCCUGCCGCCGGCUACCCGUACGACCAGCGCUACAAGGAGAAGCUGCCCGGCCGGGUGUACUCUCUCGACACCGGCCACAAGCCCGCCGCGAUGGUGCCGGUCCCGAUGAACGGCCUGGCCGUGUCGACAUCGGCGGCGGCGGCGGCCGUGACGCGGACCUCGCCGCCGGGCCACGGGCCGGCCGGCGCGGGCGCCUCGCCGAUGGCGGCGCUGCAGGAGCUGAUGCCGCCCGGCUCGCCGCGCAACAGCGGCAGUCCCGGCUCCUCGACGCGCUCCGUGUCGAGGAGCUCACAGCACUCGCCCAACUCGUCGGGUAGCGCGCCACCACCUGGCGCCGUGUCGGCCGGCCGGCGCUCCUCCACCUCGCGCCACGCCGCCUCUGAGGGCGUGGUGGCCGAGCAGGGCGUGGCCACCUCCACCGUCACCGACCCCGUGCCGAACGCGCUGCUCAAGUGCACGCUCUGUCAGGAGCGGCUGGAGGACACGCACUUCGUGCAGUGCCCCUCCAAGAGCCACCACAAGUUCUGCUUCCCGUGCUCGCGCGAGAGCAUCAAGCGACAGGGCGUCGGCUCGGAGGUGUACUGCCCCAGCGGCGAGAAGUGCCCGCUGCAGGACUCGAACGUGCCCUGGGCCUUCAUGCAGAACGAAAUCUCCACCAUCCUCGGCGAGGACCCGCCAGUCAAAAAGGAGCGAGAACCGUGACGUGGGCGGGCGAUGCCCAGUUGUUGAGCUCUUGGGAGGCGCUGCGGAAGCCGAAGCAGCCCGGCCAUGACUCGCUCCCCCUGAUGGGCGGAGGGCGGCGGGCAGGCGCGGCAGGCGCGGGCAAGUUGACGUGAUGUUG